AAUAAAAAUACUAAGCUAGCUGUUUUUCCUCUCCACAGCCUUCUAUGAAGUCAUGGCCUCCAGACUUUGUCUCCUCCUGCUGAUCUUGUGCGGUCCGAAUGUCGCCCAGUGUGGCCUGAGGGUGUACAAUGUGUAUGCCAGAGGUAUUCGCCCUGACCCGGGCAAUAAUAAUGGAGAUGGAUACGUCAGGAUGUCCUGUGGCCGUGUAUCCACGACAACACAUGUUGUCUUCAACACCCCAAACCCAAAAUGGCAUGAAGAGUUACACUAUUAUGGAGCUUCACCAGGUAACCGCCUGGAGCUUAGAGUUUAUGACAAAGAUGUGAUCUUUGACGACCUGCUGGGAAUCUGUGCUACAAAUAUACGCAGGGGAACUCGUCAGAAUACCUGCCGUCUCUCAAAAGGUGGAUAUCUCUAUUUCACCUACACCCUCAGCUAAGAAAGUCAUUGUGCUUUUUCUGAUGUCUCCAUCUAUCAAAUUGGAGAAGGGUUCCUUUGCCUUUGUGUACUAUUGGCCGUUUUACUCAGCUUCUAACUGUCAGUACAACAAUGAAAUAAACUUUACUGCAGCAACCA